AUGACGGCCGCCAAGAACAUUCAUCAGCGCCGGGCUAGCCCCAAUGAACAACGAACCAUCAGCCGCGAGGAUCUGGGCCACUAUUACGCUGUCAUCGUUGGAGCAGUGUACGAAUUGGAGGGAGACUUCAACCUCGCAGCCCCAGAGACGUUUUACCCGGCCCUCUCGCAGUGCGUGCAGCAGGAGCCUUGGCUAUGCGUUGUCGUUGGCGACGCGCAUACAGAGAAAGCAUUUUUCGAGCGGAUUCCCACAUUAGACUUCAAGAAUCAUGUCACCAUUCUUGGUCCAUCAGAAAAGGACGCGGAUGACCUGACUCUCAUACAAGAGACACUCGAGGCCGAUGUUGACCGUCCCUUUUCCAAAGGAUGCCCGCCCUGGAGAGUUGUCAUCCAGCCCCUGGAGGCAGAAAAUCAAAUUUUUGUAGCCUUUUCCUUCUCCCAUACAAUUGGCGAUGGCAUGACUGGGCCCAUCUUUCAUCGAACGUUUGCACGCGGCUUGAAUGAAACAACGGCCGGAACCAAGCUGGCAGACUAUCAAAUUGCCAAGAGCUGCACAAAACCUCUUCCCGGUCCGUUCGAUACUCCCGAGAGGCUCCCCAUCUCUUGGUCCUUUCUUCUUGGCCCGCUGCUCGGCGAGAUCUUGCCGAAAUUCAUCCUUGACUUCUUGGGUUUCAAGGCAAGCCUCGCUCGCUACGACGAGGGGACAUGGACAGCCACUCCUGUAUUUUUCAACGCCGAAACCUACAAGACUCAAGUCAGGGUCGUGGAGAUCGAGCCCGUAGUUAUCGAGAGAGCUGUCCGCGCUGCUAGGGAACACGAGGCCAAACUGACCGGUGUCAUUCAUCCCCUGAUGGCCCGAGCACUCAGCAAGUCGCUGCCAGACAAGCACAUCACCAACUUCGUCUCCCAGACGGCGAUAAAUAUGCGCAGAUCCGUCGGGGUCCCCGGCGAUGAGAUGGGCGAGUUCGCCUCGGGAUGCUACUCCAAGACGGCGCGCUCCGAGGCCGAGGGCCCGCUGACCCCGGAAGAAUGGGCAAACGCAAAGGAGAUCACCGAGCAGCUCGCUCUAAGCGCGUCGGAGCUCAAGGACCACGCCAUUUCCCUGCUGCGUUAUGCACCCAACAUCCGACAGUGGAUGGCAGGCAAGGUUGGCAAGCCGAGAGACUGUUCCGUUGAGAUGAGUAACCUGGGGUUGGUUGAUGCUGAUGCGGCGGCAGGCUCAAACGUGGUGACCAAGAAGAUGAUCUUCACUCAGCCUGGGCAUGUCGCGGGGCCGCCUGUGACGUGCAACACGGUGACUCUGAAGGGUGGGAGUUUGAUGGUUACCAUGACCUGGCAAACGGGAGCGUUAGGAAUCGAAGGUGAUGAAGGGGCAUUCAUAGAUAAAGUGUGUGCUGACCUCAAAUCGGGGUUCGACUUAUUGUAA